AAACACCCACUACGGUGUGACCCUGGUAACAUCUAAUCCGCUCCCGUUGGGUGUUAGGCAUUGCUGCCUUCGAUUGCUCUCGCAACUGAGGCUUCUACAAUUACAAUUUACAAGCCCUUCUGCGUAACCAUAUCGUUUUGCUGCCAAAGCUCUUAAAUAUCGGAUCGGUUCCUCCUCCGUUUCGUGGUUUCCGGUACAGUGCAGGAGUAUGGAAGAAGGAGAACACCCGCAGCGCUUAUCUACGCACAUGACGACGAUUUCCAGCCAUUCCUUCGGUCAAUCGUGUCAGACUGGUGAUGAUGAAGAUGGCCUCACCAUCCACAUCAUAGAGAAUAUGCAAGAAGAUUAUGGAAUGUUUGUCUGGCCAUGCAGUAUUGUCCUUGCAGAGUAUGUGUGGCAACAAAGACCGCGCUUUCUUGGCAUGACUGUGGUUGAGCUUGGUGCAGGAACUUCCUUGCCUGGAUUGGUAGCCGCGAAAGUUGGAUCAGAUGUUGUACUGACAGACAACUCAAACAGAUUAGAGGUACUGGAGAACAUGAGAAAAACGUCAGACCUCAAUAACCUCAACUGUAAAAUAUUGGGACUCACUUGGGGGGAGUGGGAUGCACCUUUGUUCAGUUUGAACCCAAAAAUCCUGCUUGGAGCCGAUGUUUUAUAUGAUACUAAUGAUUUUGAUGAUCUCUUUGCAACUGUAACAUUCCUGCUCCAAAAUUGUCCAGACUCAGUCUUCAUUACGACUUACCACAACAGAAGUGGACAUCAUCUCAUCGAAUACUUGAUGGUUAAAUGGGGGUUGAAAUGCACAAAACUUGUGGAUGCUUUUUCAUUCAUGCCAUCCUUGAAGGCAUCUACCCUACGUGGCAACAUUCAAUUGGUCGAGAUGACGUUGGGCCAUCAUUGAUCCUGAGUCAUUGCAAGUUGUAGCAUCCGUCUACGUGCGCGCCCUUUUUCCUUGUUGUUUAUGAACCUCAAGCUCUGGUCAUACGCAUGACAACCUCCAGGACUGAUUUCGGUGCUGUAAAAGCUGUGGGCCCCACUGUGAGGUAUGUGUUUUAUCCCUGUUUUCCAUCCAUUUUGCCAUCCCAUUUCGUGGCAUGAACCCCAAAAAAAAAAUGUCAGAUGCAAAUCUCAGGUGGACCACACCACAGGAAAUGGUAGUGAUUGAACAUUCACCAUUAAAAAGUUCUUUGGUCCACAAAAGUUUUGGAUCAAGCUAAUAUUUGUGUUUUUCCUUCAUCCAGGUUCAUGUGACAUAAUCAACAGGUUGCAUGGCAAACAAACAUUACAGUGGGCCCUAGAAGUUUUUAAUGAUCGGCAUUCAAUCACUGUUUCUUGUGGCGUGGUCCUCCUGAGAUUUGGAUCUGCUUCAUUCUUGGGGUUAUGCCAUAAAAUGAACUGGGAAAAUGGAUGGUUAGCAUGGAUAAGCACAUACAUCAUAGUGGGCCCACAGCUUUUCCAGCAUCACACCUAGGUCGGUACCAAGAGGGUCAGUACCGAAUCGAAUCCACAAGUAUCCUCCAGCCUUGAGUUUAGACAAGUGAGGCCCUUGGCUUGGGGAAUGUUGAUCUGAUGAGCCAAAUCAUCGAUGGGGAAUUGACCAAAUGUCUUCCUUGAUCA